AUGAGUCCUACUCUUUCUCAGCCUCAUUAUGAAGAUCUUCCUCUUCCAGCACCAGAUCCUCUUGCAAUCCAAUCCUCUAUUCCGCCUACUGCACCGCCUUCACCAGCACCACCCGUUCAACCCACUCGCCGGUCUGAACGUCACAAGGUUCCGAAUGUGCGCCUCCAAGACUAUGUUUGCUCUCAGGUCACGCUACCCAAAGAUGCCCAAUCGGAGUCUUCGUCUUCACAUCGCACCUCAGGUACUCGUUAUCCCUUGAGCAACUUUAUUUCUUAUCACCGAUAUACACCAGCAAAUCUUGCUUUCAUUACUCACCUCAGUCACAGUGUGGAGCCACGUUCCUUCUCUGAGGCCAAUUCUGAUCCUAACUGGCAACAAGCCAUGAGCUCUGAACUUCAAGCUUUAGAGUCCAAUCAUACAUGGACUCUUACUCCUCUUCCUCCUGGUAAGCACCCUAUUGGUUGUCGGUGGGUCUACAAGAUCAAACAUAACUCUGAUGGCUCUAUUGAACAGUACAAAGCUCAGUUAGUCGCCAAGGGUUAUACACAGACAAAAGGUGUUGAUUUUCAUGAUACUUUUUCUCCUAUAGCCAAGUUGGUUACUAUUCGCAACCUUCUUGCACUUGUCGCUGCUUCCUCUUGGCCCCUUCAUCAACUCGAUGUCCAUAAUGUCUUCCUUCAUGGGAAUAUCCAUGAAGAAAUUUAUAUGACACCACCGCCUGGUCUUCAGCGACAGGGGGAGAAUUUGGUAUGUCGCCUCCACAAGUCUUUAUAUGGCCUAAAGCAAGCUUCUCGUUUGUGGUUUGCAAAAUUUUCUGAAGCUAUUCAAGCUGCUGGUUUUACUCAGUCCAAAGCAGACUAUUCCUUAUUCACGUGCAAAGAGGAAAGAAAUAACUUGGGUGCCAUUAAUUCUCUUAAACGUUUUCUUCAUACCCGCUUCCGCAUUAAGGAUCUCGGUGACCUUAAAUUCUUUUUGGGUAUUGAAGUUUCACGUUCAAAGAAAGGCAUUAGCAUCUCUCAGAGGAAAUACACUAUUGACAUCCCUAAAGAUAGUGGUUUUCUUGGGGUACGACCUGUCUUAUUUCCCAGGGAACAAAAUUUGAAAUUAUCUAACACAUGUGAAUUGCUUAAAGAUCCAGCCAAGUACAGAAGAUUUAUGCAUGAGCCACGUAAACCUCAUAUGGAGGUGGCGUUGCGCAUUUUGAAGUACCUCAAAAACACUCCAGGACAAGGUUUAUUUUUUCCAGCUCAAAAUGACUUGAGAUUGCGAGCUUAUUGUGAUUCUAACUGGGGAGGUUGUCCAACCACCAGAAGAUCUACCACUGGAUAUUGUGUUUUUCUUGGAAACUCCUUGAUUUCUUGGAGAUCAAAGAGACAAAAAACUGUUUCACUUUCUUCAGCAGAAGCAGAAUACAGAGUUAUGACUGGUACUUGUUGUGAACUGACCUGGUUGCGUAGUUUGUUACGAGAUCUUCAGUUGCCACAUCGGAAGGCAACGAUACUUCAUUGCGACAACCAAGCUGCGUUACAUAUAGCAACAAAUCAUGUUUUCCAUGAGCGAACACGACACAUUGAAAUGGAUUGUCAUUUUAUCAGAGAUAAAAUCCAACAUGGUUCUGUAACUACAAAGCAUGUUUCUUCUUCCCAACAAGUAGCAGACAUCUUCACCAAAGCAUUGGGCAAAGAUGAUUUCGCUCGUAUGUCACGCAAGUUGGGAGUUCUUGACAUCCACUCUCCAACUUGA